AUGAUGGCAUCGAGCUUGUUAAGAAGCCUUGUAAGCAGAAGCGGAUCGUCGAAUGUCGGUGCUGCUUUGAGCACAAGAAAUUAUAGUUUGGUUAGCAGUCAAAUCAGCAAUCACACUGCUAAAUGGAUGCAGGAUACUACCAAGAAAUCUCCAAUGGAGUUGAUCAAUGAAAUUCCUCCUAUCAAGGUUGAAGGCAGGAUUGUUGCAUGUGGAGGAGACUCUAACCCUGCGCUUGGGCAUCCAAUUGAGUUUAUAUGCCUCGACCUGAAGGAGCCAGCUGUCUGCAAGUAUUGUGGUUUACGAUAUGUGCAGGCUCAUCAUCACUAG